AAGCAACACGAAGAUGUAAUAAUCAAAGAAAGUGAACAACAAAGAUGCAUAAUUGCCUUGUGAUCAUUUGGACUACACGUUUACACCAUACAAUUAAUCCUUGAUUCAAUGGAGAGAGCAGAGCUGGUCUUCGUUCCCACUCCGGCAGUAGGCCAUCUUGUAUCCGCUAUAGAGUUUGCUAUACGUUUGUUGGAUCAAUGCCAUCGAUUCUCGGUAACAAUUCUUGUAAUGAAGUCACCAUUUGGAGUCACUGGGGAUCAGUCACUUCCAGCAGCCUCCCACACCCACAUAAAAUUCAUCCAUCUUCCCAACGUUGAUCCCCCAACUGAGCUAGUGUCUGCUAAAAAGUACCUCACCGAUUACAUCGAGAACUAUAAGAGCCAUGUCAGGGACACCAUUUUCAACCGGGUGUUGCCAAACACGUCUCAAGUUGCUGGAAUGGUUGUUGACAUGUUCUGCACCACUAUGAUUGACAUAGCCAAUGAGCUCAAGGUUCCAUCUUUUAUUUUCUUCACUUCCGGUGCAGCUUAUCUCGGUUUGUUGCUGUACCACCCCAAAGGAGUUGGCAAGUUGUUCGAUGAAUCAGAUUGCGAAUCAAUCAUACCGAGUUAUAUCCACCCAGUUCCCACAAAUGCAUUGCCUGCAUUUGCAUUCAACUAUGGUGGAUACAUGUCAUUUGUAAACCAUGCUAGGAGGUUCAUGGAUGCAUUGCCUGCAUUUGCAUUCAACUAUGGUGGAUACAUGUCAUUUGUAAACCAUGCUAGGAGGUUCAUGGAGACCAAGGGUAUCAUUGUCAACACGUUUGUUGAGCUCGAAUCUCAAGCUGUUCACUCGCUCUUUGAUGGUAAUGAAAAUUAUCAAAGUAAAUUGCAUCCCCAGGUUUAUAAAAUCGGGCCCUUAAUUGACAUCAAAGGUAGGUAUCAAGUUCAGUCUAACCAGGCCAAAGUUGACAAGAUCAUGAAAUGGCUUGAUGAUCAGCCCCCAAAAUCAGUGGUGUUCCUCUGCUUUGGAAGCUCUGGGAGCUUUGAUGAGAGCCAACUGAAAGAGAUAGCAAUUGGUCUAGAGCAGAGUGGCCAGAGGUUCUUGUGGUCAGUGCGUCAAAGCCCACCUACAGGAACCCUGGCAAUGCCAGGUGAAUACACAAAUUAUGAAGAUUUUUUGCCUCCAGAUUUUUCCAAGAGGACUAAAGGGAUAGGAAUGUUGUGUGGAUGGGCACCUCAAGCAGAGGUUUUAGGUCAUAAAGCAAUCGGAGGAUUUGUGUCGCAUUGUGGGUGGAAUUCUAUAUUGGAGAGCCUAUGGUUUGGUGUACCUAUUGUGACUUGGCCAAUAUAUGCAGAACAACAGAUCAAUGCGUUUCAAAUGGCGAGGGAUUUGGGAUUGGGGAUGGAGUUGAGAGUUGUAUACAAAAAGGAUGGUGCUGACUUUGUAACCGCAGAUGAAAUUAAAAGAGCUCUGAGACGUUUGAUGGAGGGUGAUGGUGAAAUUAGGAAGAGGGUUCAGGAAAUGAGUGGAAUAUGCAGGAAGGCUGUUGCUGAUGGUGGGUCUUCUUCUGCUUCUUUUGGAAGCUUAAUUGAGGUCGUGUUAGGGAGCCUAAAAAUCACUUGAAUUUGAGCUCUGCAAUUUUAUCAAUGUAUUCUUUUUCUAUCUAGCACUAUGUGUCAUUUUGAUAAAGAUCAUACAUUCAUACCAAGUAAUGUUAUUGUUAUGAG